UUAUUGAUCUCAUCUCUCAAGAACUCCAUGCACAUAAAUAAAUAUAUAGACGCUUUCGCCAGUGUUUUUGCGAAAAGAUGUCUGUCCUCACCUAAUAAUUUCUCCAUUCUGGCAAAAUUUCCUUAAAUUCCUCAAAUAGUGUCCAGCUCGCUUUCGUCCAAUCCCACCUCUUUUUUCCUUUAUUCUAAUUUCCUUCCUUGCUCUUACCAAGUUUGCUAAAUUCUCCGUAGUUUUCAACCGUCUUAUUUGUCAACACUUCACUUCCAGCGAAUCUUGGCCAGUGGGCAUAUGACUGCUUGUUAGUUUCAAGUCUUUGUCAGUAACGGAGUACGACCUUUGGCAAGAGCAUGUUCAACGAGGCAUUCUACAUGAUGGCAGAGACCUUGGGAGACGAGCCGGAUUUUUCUACCUUUGAGAACAAGACAGGGUUGGCAGAAGAUAUGAAAUUCUUAGCGUCGAUGCCAGAGUUGUGCGAUGUCACUUUCCUCGUCGGCGAUACCAGAGAACCUGUUUGCGCUGUGAAAGCUGUUCUUGCAGCACGGAGCAGGGUGUUCUACAAAAUAUUGUAUCAGGCACCUUCUCCGCAGAAAAAGAAAGAGCAGCCACGGAGCGAAAAUAAGCUUCGGCUGUUUUUGAAACGAUCUUCAGAACCAUUGUUGAAUAUGCAAACAGCGCAAUCGAAUAAACCAUCGCGAGGAUUUCAGCACCAACUGUCAACUAUUUCAGAGCCACAACCACACCAAACUCUGAUCAUCGAAGAAUUUGAACCUGAUGUAUUCCGGCAGUUGAUCGAGUAUAUUCACACAGGAUACGUGACCCUGCAACCUCGCACACUGCUAGGUGUCAUGAAUGCGGCGGACUAUUACGGGCUGGAAGAAUUGCGGAAAGCUUGCAUGGGUUUUGUUCAGUCCUGCAUAAAUGUUGACACAGUUUGCGCUUUACUGGCCUCGGCAGAAAGAUACAUUCAGUACAAAUGUACAAAAUCACUGGUCCAAAAGGUGCUAGAAUUUGUAGACGAACAUGGAACCGAAGUACUCAAUUUGGGAUCAUUCACUUUACUACCUCAACACGUCGUUCGAUUAAUUUUGUGUCGUGAAGAAUUGAAAGCUGACGAAUUUACAAAAUUCCAGGCUGUAUUGAUGUGGGGCAAGAAAUAUUGCGACUGCAGUCCAGAAAUUAACUUGAAGGAUGUCAUUGCAAACUUCUUGGAAUACAUCCAGUUUCAUAAGAUCCCGGCCAACGUGCUAAUGAAAGACAUACACCCUUUAAGCGUCGUUCCUUAUCACGUGUUGAUGAACGCGUUGGCGUUCCAGGCCGACCCCAGCUCAGUUGAUUUCGCCAAGUUGUCACCAAAUCGGGCUCGACGAUCCACCGGAGGCCGUUCCAUGUCAGUUCAGAGUUCUCUUGAUCCGUACGGCAGCAACACAACCCUUAACUCCUCAGCUAGUAGCGAAAUUGACAGCGGGAGGAAAUCUUCAGGAGGUACUGAUGCUGCUGGAGGAGAUCAACCGGGUACUUCGCAUCAAAAGAUUGUUUUUGAGCGGGUUCCAUUGAAAGCGGUCAUUGGCAAGAGAGAUUCCUCUUCGUCCUGACAAACUACGAAAGAAAUUUCACCGGAGGAAGAAUUCCCUCAAGAAUAUCUUUGGUAAAUCUAGCAGAAUCUAUAAUUCAUCCUGCACCUUUUUCCAGUUAACUCUGAAACACCUGACCUGACCAAAUAUAUACACAUACGACAUACAUAUAUCUUAUGUUUUAUCUCAUUUAUACGAAGCAACAACCAUCAAUUUACAUACGUUUAUCAUCCACUUAAAUAGAAGUAAAAAAUAAUUGAGCCAGAGAUUAUACUAGAAAGAUCUAUCAGGGCGUCCAAGUUCAUAUGCAACAAAGUGAAUCAAAUAUUGCAUUGGAAAAGUUAAACUCCAUGACGUCAGGCUGAACAGAAGAAAUUAUAAAAGUUAUCUACACAA